AUGAAGAUCGACAUGACAGCCCCUGUGACCACGCUGGUCAUCCCCGAAGAAGGACCCAACUGCGAGAACAACUUCACCAUGAGCUUCUACGUCCCCGCCGCCCACCAAGACAACCCGCCCACGCCCACCAACCUUGACGUGUACAUCGAACACCGACCGGAAAUGCACGUCUUCUCCAGGAGGUUCCACGGGUUCGCCAACGACGAGGACUGGAUCGUCAACGCCGCGCAGCUUCACGACGACCUGGUGGCAGUCGGCGAGGAGGGCGUCGACUUCCACACCUACUAUACUAUUGGCCACGACUCUUCCUUCGUUAUCGUCAGUCGAAGCAAUGAAGUUUGA